AUGACCGGGACUGACCUAAAAUCGGAUUGUAGGCUUGGCAACAUGGUUCAUACGUUCUCAUCAGGAUUCUUGCAUCGUGGUUCAUCAUAUGAAACGUGUCUCGCCGAUGAACAACUUGCACAAAGAAUUCCUCAUGUCAAGGAAUCUUUUACCGUUAUUAUUGUCUUAUAUUAA